UAAUGAGCAUUAGAUUAUAAGACAUGAAGUUAUUUCUUGUUAAAGACAAUUCACCAAUCAAAGUGGAAUUGAAACAACAAGAUGACAUUCUCUUCAACCUCGUUACCAAAGCAGGUUUUUUAUAGCCGAAUAGCUUUUAGAUCGAUCGCCAAUCAAUAUUUUGGUUCCAGUAAUUGAAGGCAAUUAACCUAUUACAAUAAAGGUCAAUGAUUAUAAUGCUGAAAUCCUUCCAGACAAUCUUGAAAUGUAAUCAACUUAUAAAUUGCUACUUGAAAAUGGGUAACUUAAAUAAGAACCAAUUCAACCAGGAGAUACCUUUGCAUUGUCCUUCAAAGUCAGAAGUGGCAAUACCAACACCCAAGGCGUAACAGGUAAUUCAGCUAUGAAUGGAUCUACUCUAUCGACUUUGUAGCUAUCCCAAUUGAGACACAAAUUAGUUGAAUAAGGCAAAGGAACCUCGAUGUAUCAAUCUGCUUCCUCACUCAGACACAGCAUUCCUGAAGUCUCCUUUUCCAAAGCUCAGAGGUUAGCACUGUCCUUAUUUUAGAUUCGAUAAAAACCUAACUCUCAGAACUGAGUUCAAUUACAGCAUUCCCGAUUCCAUUGGAUCCCAAGGUCGAUCAACUGGCUUUGGAUAUGGCAACAAAUUCAUUUCUCCUUUGUAUGUGCAAAGGAAUGCUGAAUAAAAUCCACCUCCUGAUGCUUAUUUCAACGAAGAAAUCAAAUAGCCAACUCAAUAUCGAAAGACCAAUUGGUCCCAAAGCGAGAGGUUCAAGAUGUCACAUACAGUCUAAGGACCUAGUCCCAACUCCUAUGAGGUCACCUAAUUGAUUGGUGCAAAUAAAGUAAGUUGAAAAUGUAUAAUUUAUAGCCCGCAUGCACUAUUGGAUCAAGGAUUAAGCCAUUGGCCACUUUUUAAGAGAAGGUUCCUGCGUCGAACACUUAUGAGAUCAAGACUUAGAUCAUUGAACCUUCAAGAUUUAAUAGGAUCACUCUUGGAUAUGGCAACAAGUCCGACUUCACCAAGAAUGAUAAGACUCCUGGACCAGGCACAUAUGAACAACCUUCAGUUUUUAAAAACAUGUCUACCUCCAUUUUAAGCAAUGGAACAUUAAGAACAAAUGUAAUGAGAAAAUGAUAUUAAC